AUGCAGUAUUAUUCACAGUCCACCACAAAGACAAGUUCUAGCAGUAGCAGCAGUAGCAGCAAUGCCUCUGCUACUGCUGCGGCUGCACCUGUUGCCAGGGGCCGACACCCGGUUUAUCGUGGAGUGAGGCGUCGGAGCAGUGGCAAAUGGGUGUCGGAGAUUCGGGAGCCUAGAAAGCCUAAUAGAAUCUGGCUAGGCACAUUCCCUUCACCGGAAAUGGCUGCCGUCGCUUACGACGUGGCGGCACUUUCUCUUAAGGGUCAACAAGCUGAGCUUAAUUUUCCCAACUCUGCCUCUUCUUUGCCCGUGCCCGCCUCCACUUCCCCACGUGAUAUCCAAGCGGCUGCAGCCUCUGCUGCCGCCGCUAUGGGCGCUGCAAAGGAUGCUGAGGGUAGUGGGGCACAAAUCACAGAGGAGCCGGAAAGAGCUGUGGCGGCGGCUGAUGAAUUUGUUGAUGAGGAUAUGAUCUUUGACAUGCCUAAUGUUCUUAUGAACAUGGCUGAAGGGAUGCUUCUUAGCCCUCCUCGCUUGGACAUUGCUGGCGAAGAUGCUGAAUUCUCUGGGGAUCAGAACCUUUGGAAGUUUCCUUAA